ACUGCAGAAGGCAGAUGAGCCCAAGCAGAGCAGUAAAACACAGCCCACUUUGAAAGCAAUGGCAUAUACAAAAUCCUUCAUCAGAGCCAUCUUCUUUCUUUGCAAUCUGUCUGUGGCACUCACAGAGAGCACUGUGUCUUGCUACAGAAUUGAACCUGGAACAAUAGUUGGCAUCGUCUGUGCAGAUUUGGUUCUGACUCUCAUUAUUGUUGUUGUCACCUACCGAUGCGCCAGGAUUCGCCGUCAGAAAAUAGAUAAUGCUCACAAGGUGUACAUGAAUGUCCGGGCUAACUGCAAGAGCACAUGAAAUGGCAUGCCGAUUUUUCAUAUGAUGGUCUCUGUAUACAAAUCUAAAAAUUACAUAAGAUUAGGUUAAUGUUUGUUCAUUGUGAUUACUUCCUAACAGCUAGCCAGCAUUGCAGUACAGCAACCUUCUUUUUUCUUUUUUUUUUUUUUUUUUUGAUCUCAUUUAUAUUAAUAGCUUAAUUUGUUUCCAGGAAGACUUGAUUUAGCCUAUCAUGUUGUAUUAGCUUUGCAAAAAUGAAAAGAAAUAAAUAAAAAAUAAAUAAAAAGACAAUGCAAAUGAAAGUGUAUUUCCCAGGUCCAGGCUGACUCAACCCAAUGUUUAACUGCAUUCUAGAAAAAUGACUUUAAAAGAAAUUAUUUUAUUUUUUAUUUUUUUUUACUUUAAAGCCCUAUAAUAAAAAUUUAUACAAUAUGGACUCUUAGAAUUAUUUAAUGUUGUAUUUAAUGUCUAUUUCAUAAACAAGUUGUUUAUCUGACUGUUUCGGAGAAAAAUGUUUAAGUUUAAGCUAAGAUAAACAAUGUUAACGAAACAAAUGUUAACAUUUUAAAUAUUACACAUAUUCAUAACAUUUUGGCUGUAGCUACACUAAACAGCAGCAUCUGUAAUUAGCUUCUGUAGCAAAACUUCCACACAUUUUUACAGGUCCUGAAAAUGAUUUGAAAAAACUGAAGAAGAAACUUAAUUUUGAGUUUUGGUACAUUAAUAAAUCAUGUCUAUAUCC